AUGCCCGCUGCCAACAAGCCCCAGACGACUAAGGCCACUGCUGCCAAGAAGGCUGCCCUGAAGGGUACGUCGGGUUCCAAGGUGCGCAAGGUGCGCACCGACACCACGUUCCGUCGUCCCAAGACGCUUGACCUGGCCAAGAACCCUCGUUUCCCGCGCAAGAGCGUGCCGCAUGCUCCUCGCAUGGAUGCGUUCCGCACGAUCCUCUUCCCGCUCAACACCGAGUCGGCCAUGAAGAAGAUCGAGGAGAACAACACGCUCGUCUUCAUCGUUGACCGUGCUGCCAACAAGCGCCAGAUCGAGGGCGCCCUCAAGAAGCUCUACGACGUCUCGGCCGCCAAGAUCAACACGCUCAUUCGCCCAGAUGGCAAGAAGAAGGCCUUUGUGCGCUUGACGCCGGACCAGGACGCACUUGACGUCUCGAACCGUAUCGGCUUCAUCUAA